UCUGCAGACGGUUUUGAAAAUGGCAGGGAAAAAGAAGCCGAAAAUUCGCUCCAAAGGGAAGAGCAAAAAGCCAAUGGCCCAUAUAGGGUCGGCUCUCUUCCCUCGAGCAAUGUUUGCUGCAGUUCCCCGUUCCCCUGAGCCACCGGAAGAUGUACCUGAAGAGCGUCCUCUAUCUGCCCUCUCUUCCGCCCUCCUAAAUGCCUCUUUGUUAGGGCGUGUCAUUGCCACGCCCCCUGAUAAUAACACCUUGAAGAGCACAGGAGAACUCGGUGCUUCGAGAACGCAAGAAGGGAAUGUUAGCAUGGAGAACAGCAUGGCUAGGAGCAGUAUGUAUGAUUAUUACGAUAGCGAAGAAGAUGAAGGAGAAGACAUGGAUCAGGGAUAUGAAGAUCCUGGGUAUUCCAGUAUCCCACUUAAUAACCAUCAGAAGCGUAACACCAUCAGUAGUCGAGCCAAGCUGGCCACACCCAGCCACUCGGACUCCAUGCACAGCAGCGACGAUGAUGAUGAAGAAGAUGGAGAAGAAAGUGCCCCACCCUCUGAGAGACGUAAAGAGCAGAUGGAUUCGUCUUCCCAGCAGAGGUUUUAUCACACUCUGGAGAAGGGGGAGGCGGAGAGUCUAGGAGAGGAAGAAAGGAGACGGGGGAAGACGGCAGACCUGAAGAAAUCAAAAGAAAUCUUGAGAAAAGAAACAGCUGCUGCAGCAAAAGAUGUGGAAGAUAUAUACUCUAGGAGCAGCAAGCAUAAGAAAAAAAAACCAACCCCACGACUGUCGGCAGACCUUUCAGAGAGCAGUAGUUUAACCAUGGUAACAAGCCCACAAGAAGAUGACUUCUCUGACCUCAUCACGCCGCCUCCCCCAUGGAAACAGAAGAGCAAGAAAAAGAAAAAAGCAGGUAAACUCAGCCCAGAUAGAUUAACAGAGGAAAAUCUCACUGGCGAUAGACUGACGUCCCAAGAUUUCACAGACGGCCUUGUCGCGGAGCCUAUUAUCCAGAGAGUCGAUGCGACGAAUGCCACUGCAAUGAAGCGACCAUCCCCGGUGCCAGCCCCAAGAAGUUCCUCCCAACAAAACCAAGAUGACUUGGAUGAAUACUCACACAUCCAGCGUCCCGGCGCGGCCAACUCCAGAGACAGCCAGAUCACCCAGGAGGAGGACUACCUCAGGAGGACCAACUCCCGCCUGGAGAAGGAACUAGACAUGGUCCAGAAGGAGAGGAGUCAGCUCUUAGAGACUCUCCAGCAGCAGGCCCAGACGCAGUCCAUGCUCCAGGGUAGCAUCAAGAGCUUGUCACCUCCUCCUCACCACCAGAGGAGGAUGGGUGAGGAUGGAGGGACGGAGAUGGAGGAACUGAGGGCAGGGAUGACGAAGCUGAGCUUCAUCAAAGAUGAUAUGGAGAGAAGACUAGACGAGAUGCACCAACUCUGUGAUAAGCUACGUCUUGAGAACCAAGCCAUUAAGGAGGUUAACGACCGCCUCCAUUCAGAGAAUAAGACACUCAGGAACCUGUCCGAGUCAAUCAGGGAUGAAGAUCACACCCAGGGAGUUCUUAUGAGGCAACACGCUGAGGAGGUGAUUGCCGAGAAUGACCAGCUCAAGACGAUCAUCCAUAAACUCAAUAUUCAAUUGAGUAGAUAUCAGGCCAAAUACUCGCCUCCAGGGAAAGAUGAUGCGCACGGAUUACCGUCUAGGGGCAGGACGCCGCGAUGGUUAACAGAGACUAAAUACUUAUCCCCACUCAUCUUGGCAUACGAAGAGGCACUUAAGGAAAAGGAUGAGGUCGUUCAGAUGACCCAUGAUGACCUCAGCCGAUUACGGAGGUCAGCGGAAGAGGUCAUUCAUGAGAACCAGAGGUUACACAUGAAGCUGGAGCAGGUUGGACAGCCGUCGUCGGUCACUUCAGCGGAAUGGCAUCGUAUUCAGGAACAUGCAAGACUAGUCUUGGAGGAGAAUCAGGUGGUUCUCAGUCAACUUGAAGUCUUACAGCAGAAGCAGAAGGAGACGCAAAAAGCACACUCAAUUGAAGUUUCCAAACUGAGCAAGUGUCUUGCGAUGGAGGAGGCAGAGAAAGGUGACCUUGAGGCCCAGCUGACAGACUUAAAACAUCGAUACAGCGCUCUCAAGCAGCAGCAUAAUCGUUUCGUCGUAGAUGCAGAAACCAAGAUGCCCAUUCAGGAACACAUGAGCUCAUUGGCAGAGUACAAAAGGGCUCUGGAAGAAGAACAGCACAAACACCAGUCUGAGAUGCAGAAUGUAAUGAUGAAGCUGUCCUCAAUCCAGGGGGAGAGGAAGAGCUUAUCGAUGAAGAUGGCCGAUAGUGAGGCAGAGAAGAGUCAAAUGCAAGGGGAGAUUCGGGCAAUGAACAGAGCACAAAAAAAGCACCAGCACACCAUCGGGCUUCUUAAAAAGGAGUUGGAACACAGCGAGAACAAACUGGCAUUAUCCAAUCAGCAUCUUAACAAGGUCCUUGAGAUUGCAGAGCAGACAUCGGUUGAGAGAGAUUCCCUCGCAAAAGUGGCAAAGAGUCAAGAACAAGAAAAGAAGAAAGCUGUGAACAAACUGUUGGAGGGUAAUGUCACUAUUGGACGACUGGAGGAGAAAUUAAAGUCAUACCAUUCAAAAGCAGACCACAAGCUCGGCAAUCUAUCCAGUCGUAUGCAGGCCCAGGAUUCGUCUCAUUCCAGCCAGCUCAGGGAGUAUGAGCGGGAGAUGUCCCAUCUGAAGGUGUUGUUACAAGAGAAACAGGACUCACUGGACUCCCUAGCUUCUGAUAAAAGGAAAGUUGAGGAUCAACUUGAGACAGUUUGGCAAACUGCGACGUCCGAUAACCGACGGAUGAAAGCUAAGCUACAAAAGUCCUUAAAGGUGCCACACCGAGAGAAUGGAAGCCUAGGUGGCGCUUUUGACUAUGAGUCCGAUAACAGAGGCCUGAUCUCAUCAGAGAGUGACUGAUGAGAGUGACUGAGAUGUGACUAGUUCCUGAAAUGUGCAAUGAGUGUGAUGAUGGUAUUUGCCACCACCUCCAAGGCGCCAGUCUGUCUUGUGACAUCGGUCUCAUUCUGACUUCAAGAUGGCUGCUUUUCUGUCCGCUGAUGUAGGAGCAGCCGAGAGAUUGGUUGAUCAUAAAGAUGACCUCUGUUCAGACAGGGUCAAAGGGUUUGGGUCCUCCAGUUUGGUACCUGAAGUUAUUUCCUAAGAUAUUCAACAGGUGUUUAACAUACAGAAAGGGCCGGCCAUUUCAAAAACGGAAACACUCAACUUUAUUACAAAACAUUGAAAAAUGCUGCAGAAAUUGGAUGUAACUUUUACUCUUUUUAUGCAAAUUUAUACAGAUCUAUUGACAGAAAAAAUACUCAUUUUAGAUCUCUGUUGAAAGUGUGUGAGAAAUUAAUAUCCAGUUUUGUUCAGGAUCUUCUAUUGGCUGAAGUUUUAGUUGGUGCCUUAUGUUGCGUUUCAGUUGACGAGCAGGCUGGUCUGGUAAGCAAUGUGUUAAACCAGUGUCAAAAAGAAGGGGUGGGACAGGGGAAUGACAGGGGACAGGUUCCCCUUGGUGUUGUGCUUGAUGAUGUUUUCAAUUUAUACUGUGAAUCUUUUCUGGAGUGUGUUAAAACUAUGGUAUUUAGUCUGAAGUUUAAUGGAAAUCUAAAUGUUAUUUAUUUCUAACUGUUUUGUACAUUGUAGGUUUUUUUCGGUAAGUUGUUUGGAAUGCACCCAUCUCUUUAUCAAUUUAUUAUUUUAACUGGUUCAUCAUGAAAUGAUAGAACAAGCAUUUGGAAGAGUUGCAGCACGCGCAGAGGAAGGUUUGUUGGGCUGGUUUGUUCUAUGUUAAAUUCUAAUGCUAUCAGACUAUCUUUGAGAUAAAAAUAGUUAUGAUUUUCAGUGUUCCAGUCUGACAGUUAUGAAGUAGAAACUAUUUUGAUAGUAAUGGCUCCUUAUUCUUAUAUGGCCCUCAGGUCUGUCAGGUAGUGAUGCUCAUGGCACUCUAACACUAUUACCCCUGGUCGCUGUGUCCCUGGGAGUGUCAGCCUUGAGCAACAAAUGCACUACUCUGCUAAAUCAAUCAAAAGAACCAUCUCUGCCCUCACAGGUACCCCCCCCCCCCCCCCUUGGUGGAGAGAAGCAAUUAUAGUGAAGUGUCAUGCUCAGGGACACAAGUGUCAUGACUGGGAUUCAACUGGAGCCCUUUAUAUUUAAGUUACGGUUUAUGUGAGAAAAUCUUCCUAAGCUUGUGAUGAGGGGAUAGUUAGUAUCGUCGGCUUCUUACAAGGCUCAUUUAAUUCCAAUGUUUUGCAAAGAUAUUUUACAACAUUGUUUACAAAAAAGUGAAUUGAAGAAUGAA